GCUAGGGAAAGAUGGCGGCGCCCGCGGCUCCUGGUGAGCCGCAGGCUUCUGGGGCUCCUCAGCUUCCCGUGUGUCUCUUGGUGCUGGGAAUGGCAGGAUCCGGGAAAACUACCUUCGUACAGAGGCUCACAGGACAUCUGCACAACAGAGGCUCUCCACCUUACGUAAUCAACCUGGAUCCAGCUGUGCACGAGGUCCCCUUUCCCGCCAACAUUGAUAUUCGUGAUACAGUGAAGUACAAAGAAGUCAUGAAGCAGUAUGGACUUGGGCCUAAUGGUGGCAUAGUGACCUCACUCAAUCUCUUUGCUACCAGAUUUGAUCAGGUGAUGAAAUUUAUUGAGAAGGCCCAGAAUACAUUCAAAUAUGUCUUGAUUGACACACCCGGACAGAUUGAAGUAUUCACCUGGUCAGCUUCGGGGACAAUCAUCACAGAGGCCCUGGCAUCCUCAUUUCCAACAGUGGUCAUCUAUGUCAUGGACACGUCACGGAGUACUAACCCAGUGACCUUCAUGUCCAAUAUGCUAUAUGCAUGCAGCAUCCUGUACAAAACCAAGCUGCCUUUCAUUGUGGUCAUGAACAAAACUGACAUCAUUGACCACAGCUUUGCAGUGGAGUGGAUGCAGGAUUUCGAGGCUUUCCAGGAUGCCUUGAACCAGGAGACUACCUACGUCAGUAACCUGACCCGUUCCAUGAGCCUGGUGUUAGAUGAAUUUUACAGCUCGCUCAGGGUGGUGGGUGUGUCUGCUGUGGUGGGCACUGGCUUCGAUGAGCUCUGUGUUCAGGUCACCAGUGCUGCCGAAGAGUACGAAAGGGAAUAUCGGCCUGAAUAUGAGCGUCUGAAGAAAUCACUGGCGAGUGCCCAGAGUGAUCAGCAAAAGGAGCAACUGGAGCGCCUUCGGAAGGAUAUGGGCUCUGUAGCCCUGGACACAGGCACUGGCAAAGACAGCGAAUCUCCUAUCCUGGACCCUUCUGAGUUGAUCCUGACUCGAGGAACCUUGGAUGAAGAGGAUGAGGAAGCUGACAGUGACACUGAUGACAUUGACCACAGAGUUACAGAGGAGAGCCGUGAAGAGCCAGCAUUUCAGAACUUCAUGCAGGAGUCAAUGGCACAGCACUGGAAGAGAAGCAAGUAGGUCAGCCUAGUUGCUGCCAGGAGUCUGACAAGCUGGGUGUCCACGCAGAGGACGUCCUUCCUGAGAGGACUGCAGUCAGAGCAGUGUUCUCCAGGAUGGUGACUGCUCUGGGGGAAACUGGACUCAGAUGAAGUCGGGUUAAAGGUGGAGCUGGUGGGUGGGUGCCCAUCCUUGGUUAGCGUCUCCUGAUAUUUGCACAAGGACGUUUUCGAACCACUCUGCAAGCUGACAACUCUUCAUCCUAAAACUUCAAAACAAGUUGCAUUGUUUGAACUUAAGUCCUUUUGCUGCUGCUGAGACACAGAGAACGUCUGUCCUGAAGACAACUUGGAAUCUUGACUAGGCCAGAUUUGUGGACUGAGCCUCUUUAGCACUGUGUGCCUGACUCUGCACCCCAAGUUAAGCAGAGUGGGAGAGGGGGAACAGAGGGGCAGUGCAGUGCCCUUGGCAGCCAGCUGGGAUGUGAGAUGUGCUCAUACGAGGCAGCACAUGAUCAAGAAGCCUGUCUGAAUGGGGACUUAAGAGUUUUUAACUGGUAAACCUGCCAUGAUUUGAUAUUAGAAAGUAUGUGAUCACUGACAGAUUGACUGCCGUGAGUUACGACAGAGCUUUAGAGACAGGCUGGUGGGAGGUAAUGUGUAGCUUAGUUUCCCAUGCUCAUCCACCUAACCAGGGCCAAAACCAUAUCCUAUUUAUAAUGUACUUAGUAGAAAACCUUUUCCGUGAGACAGGAUUUGGUGUGUUGAGUACAUGCAUAGCUCAAAGGGUUUGCCCCAGUUCUCAAGAGUGUAGUCUCUGGGCCAGAAAUAAAAUCAUCAGUUUUUAUUGA